GGGAAGGCAUCUGUUGACAAAACAAUUCUUAGAACUUUGGUGGUAGUUGUGUAUUUAUUGAUUUCCGCUGGCAAGUAGUGUUGCUAUCUGAUCUCCAUAUAUAACCUUCUAAACCUGCUUUCCUUCACAAAAUUAACAGCAUAAUACUCGCUUGUGUCCACAUAAGAAAAGGGAAGGAAGAAAAAUGUCGAAACCAGGCAUCACCACCGUCAUUCUGACCCUAGCCCUCAUUUCAACAGUGCCAGCAAAUAUGGCAGCAGCCCCGGCCCCGGCGGAAGCACCUGCACCUGUUUCAGGUCUUGGUUCGGCCACCCCGGCUCCCGUGGAAGCACCUCCACCUGUUUCAGGUCUUGGUCCUGCAGCAUCUGGACCAGCCCCUGGUAAUGAUUGUAUAACACCAGUGCUGAAUGCGUCUGAUUGUUUGGACUAUGUGACAACAGGAAGUAACUUGACCGUUCCUGACAAGAAUUGCUGUCCUGAGAUUGCUGGGUUGAUAGAGAGCAAUAUUUUAUGUUUGUGUCAGUUGCUUAGUGGUGAUGUUGCUAAGCAAUAUGGACUCUCAAUUGAUUACGGCAGAGCUGUU